AUGGCAGACACCACACCCGCAAAGCGCAGCCGCGUGUAUUUCGACAUCAGCAUAGGCAAGAAGCGUGAAGGCAGAGUUACUUUCGAGCUCUACAACGACAUUGUCCCCAAGACUGCUGAGAACUUCCGCGCUCUCUGCACCGGCGAGAAGGGUGAAGGCAAAGCUGGCAAGCUUCUCUCGUACGAGGGCUCGACCUUCCAUCGUGUGAUCAAGCAGUUCAUGAUCCAAGGAGGAGACUUCACAGCUGGCAAUGGAACGGGUGGAGAGUCGAUCUAUGGCACCAAGUUCGAGGAUGAGAACUUUGAGCUGAAGCACGAGAAGCCAUUCUUACUCUCUAUGGCCAAUGCUGGUCCUGGCACCAAUGGAUCCCAAUUCUUCGUCACCACCGUCCCAACCCCCCACCUCGACGGCAAGCACGUCGUAUUCGGCGAAGUCCUAAACGGCAAAUCCAUCAUCCGCAAGAUCGAGAACCUCCCCACCCAACCUGGCGACAAGCCCACCAAGGAAGUAACCAUCAUCUCCUGUGGCGAGCUCACCGGCGCCGAGGCCGAAGCAGCAGACACCAAAGCCCCCGACUCCACCGGCGACCCUUACGAAGACUUCCCCGAAGACCAAGCCGGCGAGAAGAGCGCUACCUACAUCCUCGAAGCUGCUACCGCUCUCAAGGGCUUCGGAAACACAGCUUUCAAGGCCGGAAAUUUGAGUGUUGGACUUGACAAGUACCAGAAGGGUCUGCGCUACCUGAACGAGGAUCCCGAUCUCGAGAAGGAGCCUCCCGAGACAAAGGCCGCCCUGGACGCUCUCCGCUUCACUCUGAACUCCAAUUCUGCUCUCCUCUCCAACAAGACUAAGGACUACGCCGAGGGACUGAGAUCCGCAUCCGCCGCAUUGGACGUUGCUGGAAUUUCCGACACGGAUAAGGCGAAGGCUCUGUACCGUCGUGCUGUUGCCGAGAUUGGGCUCAAGGAUGAGGAGGCUGCCUUGAAGGAUUUGACCGAGGCGAAUGAGCUUGUUCCCGGUGAUGCUGCGAUUGCGAAGGAGUUGGCGGCCGUGAAGAAGGCUGCUGCGGAGCGUGCGAAGAAGGAGAAGGCUGCGUAUAGCAAGUUCUUCUCAUGA